AUGUUUGAUUCGCCUUCUUUUCAGUCGGCAGUAUAUGAUCCCAAUGAUCUGUGUAAAACUAUUCGUCAACAGUGGGAUCAUCUUCCUCUCCCAAUCGCUCAUCUAUGGAAGAAAAGGAGAAAGGUAUGUAUUGUCAGUGAUUCAAUCGGUAAAGAGGAUCAUGAGAAGUCAGAUUUAGCAUGGAAAUCUUCAUCCAACUCAAUUGAUGAUCAUAUUUGGGAGGAAUUUUAUGAGUUUAAUAAAGCCUAUAUGGAAUGCCUAAUCACAUAUUUAAAUGAGGUGAAGUGUAUUGUCACUAUUCACACCGAGGCAAAUGCGUCAUCCUUGUCGGCGUCGUCGUCGUCGUCAGCAGCAGCAGCAGUAACAAACGAUAAUACUUGUGCCAAAACUAGUCAAUCUUUUGAUUAUCCUACUGUGCAUUUAUUGGAGUCAAGUGAAAUAAAUUUGUUGGAUAAUAAUUGGCAGCAAAAUCAAUUGAUUCAUAUUGACAAAGAACGUGAAAUUUUACAGGCUAAUUUUAAUGAAAUAAGCGUACUAGCUGUUUUCCUACACGUUCUGUUCUCAUCAUCCUCAUCAUCAUCAUCAUCGACAUCGUCAUCAUUCCCUGCUUCGUCUUUACCUCCAUCAUCAUCUAGUCAAAUCCCGUUGAUAAAAGAUAUCAAACAACAAAAACUAUGGCAAGAGUUAAUCAAUCAAAUGAGGUUAACAGCAUCUCGUGCAUUUGAACAAUACACCUGUCUGGGAUUUUUAAAACAGAUUAUUCGACGACCCGGUGGAUUGUAUGAUUUGUCUAAUUUUUUGACAGAAUUACUUAAUCGAUUCUUAAAUACUUCACAAUCUCAUAUCUGGAGUGAAUUAGAACUGUACUAUUAUGAACUUACAAUUCGUCAUUUAUGCCAUCAAAUAUGGAUUGAAUUGGCUACUAUCAAUGAGUUGAAUAGUGAGCACUUUGAUAAAACUGAAUAUAUCGGUGUAAAGAAUUGGUUAGAGGCAUGGAUAUAUCGUGUACAAGAAGUCUAUCGAUUAAUAGUCAAUCUAUGGCAGGAUAAAAUGAAUCAAUUUCAAGACAAUUUACAUAUUCUCAUUAUCAAUCAGUGGUGUGAUUAUGUCACAGAUUGUAUUGAUGAAUCUGAAUUAUCUGAAAUGCGUCGAAAUGACUUUCCUCCUGUCAACGCUUUUCUCCCCAGUCAUCAAACUUCACAAGAAUCACAAUCGCAGCAACAACAAAAACUUGACAACAAGCCUUCAAAGAAAGAAAUUCAUUUUUCUCUUCUUUGGUCUUUAUUGUGCGAUGCUGAAAUGAUUCAAGAGAAGUGUAGUGUUCAGUUAGAAAAACUACCCUCAAAAGGUGUGUACUUCUCAAAAACUCUACAGAAGUUGAAAAAGCAUUUAGAUGUGUAUAUAAAAAAUCUAACCACGUCAUCAUCACCGUCGUCAUCCCCGUCAUUAUCAAAUGUCAUUCCACAGUCAAAAUCGUUUGAUACCAGUCAUAACUCUCUCUCAUAUCUAAUACAACAGUUGGAGUAUAGUCUACACAGUCUUCCUGUGCAUUAUCGUGUGUUUUGGUUAGAGGUAACCAACGAUACUGGAAGUGUUACACAUCAAUCGGAUCAAUUACGCGUAAUCCUACAAGAGUUACGGCAAUUACGGAAUUUAUGUGAACGUAAUUGUAUGCUGUGUAAGCAGUCUUUAAGCCUUCUGCAUAAAUUAAGCCUAUCUAGCUUAGAACAACAUGAAUUAUUUGCUGUUAAGAAUAUGCUUCAGUUAUUGAAUACCUGGAAUUAUGGUUAUUCUAUUUUACGUCAGUCAUUAGAACGUGUUAUUCGAGCCGGUGAAGUUGUUGAAUCGGAAAGAUAUCCACUAAGAACACUAAAUACCAGUGAAUUACGUUCAGAAUCAAUUCAGAUGUUGAAACAGAAACAAGCCUUUAUUGAAGCAGUGCAAUUCGGUUUAGAGACUAUACGACUUCAAAUGAAGUCGACUUCAGUUAAACUGCACGAAUAUGAUACUACUUCAAAAUUAAUCGAUCAUAAGACAAAAUUUCAACAUCUAUUGGAAUCACUGAAAAGCUUGUAUCAUAGCAUAUUAAAUGAUGAUAGACUGAAAACUACUAAUAGAUCUGAGAUACCUGAUGAUGAUCUGAAUUGUUUAGUAAUAGCUAGAACAAAACAAGCUAUUGAACUGAGUCAAUUAUGUCGUAAAAUGGAUCAAGUCAAUUGGAACACUGCAUGGGAUGGUUUUCUAGAGUUUACAAAUGAAGCAAAGGUUGACAGUGGAAACUCCAGUCGCUGGAUAGUAUACUUUCUUCAACAUUGUCAUGCAUUUUCAUCAAAAAUCAAUAUGGAGGAAGUCUAUCAGUGUCAAAUAAACCAAUUAGAAGAGAUUAUGCAUGAUUGGACCGGUUGGAUUAAAAAGUAUAUUUGGCCAUUACCAUUCCCCUAUCCAAAGAAUUAUUCCUGGACGCCAAUUAUCAUCUCUAGUAAUCCAUCAAUGAAUAUUAUAUGUCAACAUAAUGAAUAUGAAAAAUCUUUAAAGAUGGACUGUCAACAUUUGACAUCAAAAAUCAAUCAUAAAUUUAUGAAAUUAUCAAAUUUCUAUCAGAAUCAUAUCAAAAAUAAAUCUUCGCUCAUGAGUGGUGGUGGUGGCGGUGCUGCUAGUACACAAGAGGCUGGUGAUAAUACUGGCGAAAAAGCUGGAGUUGGCGUUAGAGAAGAUAAGACAUUCGAACAUUCAAUGGAAUUGUUAGACGUCAAUUAUCCGAAUUCAUUUUUAGAGGAAAUUCGUAAUAUUUGCCAGUUCACAUCACCACCCCUUCCGCCAGCGUCAGCAGUGAAAGUGGGAGCGGCAAAGGAACAAGUGAUUUGUCAGUGUAGUUUCUUUCGCCAGCUAAUCAAUAAUCGUUUACAUGAAAUUCAGUCACGCCUUAUCUAUGGUGAUCACCUGACUUUGGUUAUGAUUGAACAGAUACUGUUCGAUUUGUUCGAAAUUAAAUUUCCUGAUCAUAAGAUACUGACAACUGAUUCACAACUGGAUAAACUAUGGAUGGAUAUUUAUAGUGAAUGUAUUAAGUAUUUACGAAAUGGUUUUCUCAAAUGUCUAUGCACUAUAUUAACAAAUGAUCCGUCUACACAAACACCCAAUAAUAUACCGGCAUCACAAUAUCCCAAUGAAUUUGAUAUUCCAGGCAGUAAAGGUUUCAAUGAACGUUGGCAUAAUAAACUGAAGAUUGAUAGAUUGGUUCGCAAUUCAUCUGAAUCAGAGAAGCAAUUCUUAUUUCUUAUUCAUUUGAUUGUUUUAUUCAACUUAUACGAUACAUGGCAGAAUAUUGUUCAGCUUGCCAGAUUGACCGUCAACCCGAAAGAAACCUCCGUCUAUAAUCCUCUAUUAUUACAAUGGGUUUUAACAACACGACCUAAACUUAUCGAUGUUAUUCUCGCCUAUCCAACAAUUAAAGCAUCACAUAACUACCAGUGUAGUCAAUGUGUUUGUAACAGUGUACUGGGCAUAUUAUUGUCUGUCAAUGAAGUUGAAUUGAAUAAUCUGUUCAGAAAAUUUACCAGUCACUCGGAUUGUAUCGACUAUCUGAUUAUGGAGUCUGUGCAGAAUCUAAGCGAGAAGAUUAAUUAUUGUAUACAGAAAAUCGAUAAUCAUCAUACACAUUUAAGAAUU